AUGUGGAUUGAAUUUUGAUAACAAACAACUGUCAGCCGACAGUGUCACCGCCAUAUCCGUGAUUGCCCCGCUAUCAAAGGUACUCUUCGGGUAUAGUUGGGUGCUGCAAAGCAGUCAUUUGAAAUGUUCGGCGUAGCAUUAAGGUGACAUUAUCUCAAGUGCAAAGAUUAGUAGAGUUGUUCGGGCCCAAUUGAAUAUCUUUAAAUUCAGCCUGACAUUACGUGGGAUUAGUGCAGCUUCCCAGAGACCACCGAGUGCACAGCUCGUCUAUUCGUUUCUUUAUUGUCUUUUCAUUUCGCCUUUGCACCGAGACUAUAACUAAGCAGAUCUUGCGUAACUUCCCACGGUUACUACGGUUACUACCAAUUCUUGAACUGCCGGUGCUUUAAACGCGUAGGUCAUGGGGCUAUUUGAGCUGGUCGGUGUGGCCGUAGUGCUAUAUUUCGUUGUCAGCCUGAUCUUGUGGAUAAUAUGUGAUUGUAAUAUUCAACUGGCGUUCAAGGAAAAGUUUGGGCAUCCUGUCUCUGCUUUGAGGGGCAAAGUCGUUUGGGUCACAGGUGCGUCGAGUGGAAUUGGAAAAGAUCUGGCUUUAGCAUUAGCUGAGCAUGGAGUUCGACUUGUUCUAUCAGCACGGCGCCAACCUGAACUAGAAGAUGUUAAAAAGAAAGCAUUAGAACGGUCAAAUGGAUUACUUGCGAAGGAUGAUAUUCUGGUACUACCGAUGGAUAUGUUAAAUUUAGAAAAACACCAGCAGCUUUUCGAUGAAGUCAUUAAGCACUUCGGCAAACUGGACAUUUUAGUGAAUAACGCCGGACGCUCGCAACGCGCCAUUUGGGAAGAAAUUGAUAUUCAAGUUGAUCGCGAUCUUUUCGAACUAGAUGUAUUCUCAGUGAUCCAUUUAUCGCGGAUAGCAGUCCGUUAUUUUAAGACAACCGGCGGCAAGGGCCACUUGGCAGUGACGUCGAGUGGUGCCGGUUUGGUGCCUAUUCCCUUCUCACCGAGUUAUUCAGGAGCGAAAUUCGCAUUGCAUGGGUACUUUGGAAGCCUUAAAGUUGAACAUCCAGAAUUAGAUAUUACCGUUUUCUGUCCAGGACCGAUUGCGACUAGUUUCCUUGAAGAAGCAUUCACCAACUCGCCAGAUAAGAAACAUGGCAUCCCUAUUAGCGCAAAUGAUAAGCGUAGAAUGACAUCGGAAAGAUGUGGGGAACUGUUUGCUAUUGCUCUUGCGAACAAAGUACUGUUGACUUGGUGCGGUUUGUUUCCUGUAAACGUAUUGAUUUAUUUAUCAUUAUAUUAUCCGAGUAUUGCCAUUUUAAUACUCAAAGCUAUGGGUUCAAAAGGUAUGAAGAAAAUUCGAGAGGGACGUUAGGCAGACAUACGUUGAAAAAUUAAUUGUUUUCAAAUAUUUGCAUAAGUUUUGUACUAACAUUGAAAAUAUUACUCAAUAUAAAAAAUAUUGUGCCAGA